GACACCGACACACUGACCAGCAGGGCAGCAGACAUGUCCAGAAAUCCUCCAGGGUCCAAACCCAAAGGGACUGAAGACUGCAGAAGGUUGAGAAGGACCAUUGCUGAAGACCCUCUCUGGUCCCUGGCUCUAGUGCCCAGUCUAUCCCACCUCUGCCUGCAAAGCAUUGUGAGAGACUUCGAGGAACAUCCUGUAUACGAACAACUUUCACCCAUCCAGAGAGACUUCAUCCAUGAGAGGCUACCUUCUUCCGUGCCUCUGAGCGUGACAGCAAACCUGAUCAACGAUGGCGUCUACUGGAUGCGAUGCUGCAAGCAGCAGUGGACUCUUUGUGAUGUCUCACAUUAUGGCCACAGCUGGAAACGAAUGUUCUUUGAGAGGCGCCUGGAGGGCAUGAUUGAGCUUUUUAUUCCAGGUGUAACAGAGACAAAGACAAUCCUAGAGAUGGUCCCACUCUGUAAGAACUACGUCAAGAGGCUGGAUAUUUCCCAGCUGCUGACGCCUGUCAGGGAGCCCCAGAACGAGAACAUGGAGAAUUAUUUCUUGGGGUUGAUAGAUGACGACGAAUAUGAUGGACCCCCUAUGGACCACUUUGACUUCAGCAUCUUGCUUGAAAAGCUGACCUGCCUGGAAGAGCUCCAUGUGGAAUACAGAAUCAAACAAUGUGGUCUCAACUAUGAUUGUAGGAUGUUUAAGAUGAGCCACCAAGACUGUGUUUCCCUCGCCAUGGCUCUUAGGUCCUGUAAAACACUGAAGGUAAAUAUUGAUUCCUCCUCCGUGGUUUAUGGCGUGCUGCCCCUUACAGCUCUGCAUCUUUGCAAGGCCGGGGGCGGGACGAUGUGA